UAAACACACGUGGUUUAUAUUUGACAGUUUGAGGUUAUGUUGUUUUGUGUUUAAGUUUAAAUCUAAGAAGAAAAUUGUGUUUGUACUUUUAAAAUUAAAUAAUUUAAUAAUGGAAAACGAAGGCGAAGCUGUAACAGAAAAGAAGCGUCUAUUGUGUUGUUUUAAAUCGGAAAAUGGAGAAGUUGCCGGUGACAUGAUGGAUCUACCCAUAGAUUGUUCCUUACAGCAGCUCACGUUAAUUUGUAAUGCUUUGUUAAAACAGGAGGAACCAGUACCAUACUUAUUUUAUGUUAACGAAAACGAAAUAACCCAUAGUUUGGAAAAAUCGUUAAAUAUAACUGAAUUAAAUACAGAAGGUGUUGUAGAUAUUAUUUAUCAACAACAAGCUGUAUUUAGGGUACGUCCGGUAACAAGGUGUACUAGUUCAAUACCAGGUCAUGCAGAAGCAGUUAUUUCAGUUAGUUUUAGUCCAGAUGGUAAACAUUUAGCAAGUGGAUCUGGGGAUACAACAGUCAGGUUUUGGGAUGUUGAUACUCAAACUCCUUUAUAUACUUGUGAAGGUCAUAAAAAUUGGGUAUUGUGUAUAGCAUGGUCUCCUGAUAGUACUAAAUUGGCUUCUGCUUGUAAGGAUGGGAAAGUUAUUGUGUGGGAUCCUUUUACAGGAAAGCAAAUUGGUAAAACUUUAACUGGACAUAAACAGUGGAUUACUAGUUUAAGCUGGGAACCUUAUCAUAAAAACCCUGAAUGUAGAUAUUUGGCAAGUUCUUCAAAAGAUGGAGAUGUAAGGAUAUGGGAUACUGUACUUAGCAAUACUUUGUUUUGUAUAUCUGGUCAUACAAAAAGUGUAACAAUGGUGAAAUGGGGUGGGGCAGGUCUCAUUUAUUCAGCCUCACAAGAUAGGACAGUUAAAGUAUGGAGAGCCAAAGAUGGUGUCCUGUGUAGGACAUUAGAAGGACAUGCUCAUUGGGUCAAUACAUUAGCUUUAAAUACUGACUACAUUUUAAGGAUAGGAGCAUUUGAUCCCGUUAAGGAUUCUAAUAAAGAUACAUUAAUGCCAGACAAGAAAAAAUCUCAGGACUUUGCCCUAAAACGAUACUAUGAAGUUACAGAAUCUAUUGGAGAAAGAUUAGUAUCAGGUUCUGAUGAUUUCACAUUAUUUCUUUGGAAUCCUGAUAAAGACAAAAAGCCUUUAGCUAGACUAACUGGUCACCAACAAUUAGUUAAUGACGUGAAAUUUUCACCUGAUGGAAGAAUAUUAGCUUCAGCAUCUUUUGAUAAAUCAAUAAAAUUGUGGGAGGCAAAAACAGGAAAGUUUAUUUGUACCCUACGUGGGCAUGUUCAGGCUGUGUACAUGGUAUCAUUUUCUGCCGAUUCAAGGCUUAUGGUCAGCGGUAGUGCCGAUUCCACUUUAAAAUUAUGGAACCUGACAACCAAGAAACUAGAAGUCGAUCUUCCUGGUCAUGCUGAUGAAGUAUAUGCUGUUGAUUGGUCUACAGAUGGACUAAAAGUUGCUUCAGGUGGAAAAGAUAAAGUUUUAAGAUUGUGGCAAAACUAAAUAAAAAUAUGUAACAUGAAGUUUAUAAUUCCUAUUUUAAUAAAUAAAUACUCUUAGUUUUUUUAUUC